AGAGUUUUGAGGAGGUGACGGGUGGCCGCUGUCUACGUUAAAAGCAGGUGAUGUAGAGGGUCCGAGGUUGCCUUCGCCUUUCUCACCUGUUCAUCCAGACGUCAGCUCGCUCUUUCAAGCUCCAUUAUGUCCAAACCGGGAGACUUCAGCAGCCAGACCUACAGCCCGGGUAGCUCGGGACCGACCAAAAGCUACCCGACCACCAAAGUGGACUCGUCGGGUAAAUCCCGGGAGAAGGAUGACAUGGUUGGACUCAAUGACAAGUUCGUCCAGCUGAUCGAUAAAGUCAAAAAGGAGGAGGACGAGAAUAAAAAGCUUGACACGAAGCUGAAGAUCCUCAAGCAGCAGGAGGAUUACAAUGGGAAGGUCGAGGAGCUCGUGAAGCAGGAGGAGCGCAUCCUGGAGCAGCAGAUUGAGCAGCUGCUCAUCGACCAGGAGAAGCUGAAGGACGGACUGGAAACGGCCCAGAAGGAGGUGGAAGAUACUAAGAGGAGGUAUGAGGACGAACUGAGAAAGAAAGUUGAUUUGGAGAAUGAUUUUGUCAUCGCCAAAAAGGCUGUGGACGAAAGUCACUUGGAGGAAAUAGAUAAGGCUCUGGAGUUGGAGGACCUGAUGCGAAAGCUGGACUUCCUCAGGGAAGGCUUCGAAGAGGAGAUCAAGGAGCUGGAAUCCCAGGUCCAGAACGAGACAGUGGUCAUACGUGACAGCAACAAGCGGAAUCUGGACAUGAACGAGAUCAUCGAGUCUGUCAGGGCUCAGUAUGUCAACAUGGCUGCCCGCACCAGGGAGGAAGCUGAGCAGUGGAACCAAAGAAAAAUGGAUGCUUUGGUGACAUCUGCAGGACAGCGUGAGCAGGAAGUGCGUGACAUAAAGAGGGAGAUCUCGGAUAUUAUACGCUUAAUCCAGAGGCUCACAGGAGACCUGGAUGCUCUCAAGAGGAAGCAAGAGCAUCAGAGCAAAGAAAUUGAUGACAUUAGAAAAGAAGGCGACGAGCGCAUUGAACAAGCCCGGAAGAACAUCGCCCAGCUGGAGGAGGCCCUGAAGCGGGCCAAGCAGGACUUGGCGGGACAGAUCCGAGAGCACCAGGAGCUGCUGAACCUCAAGCUGGCCCUGGACAUCGAGAUCGCCACCUACCGCAAGCUGCUGGAGGGCGAGGAGCAGAGGAUUCUCUACGCUCGAGAUUACUAAAAAACAAACCAACCAAUCCAAGUCCUUACUUGCAUGCAGACGUUCACCCGCCAUCGAAGCAACACCUGCCAGAGAAGCCACAAGCUGCAGAGCCCACAGCCAUCCCGCUAACCACCACCACCACCCCCACUACCACCACUAUCCUACCGGAGCACCCCAAGAAGCGCUUGGUGAUCCGGGUGGAAGUGGAAAUGGGACGGGUCGUGUCCGAAAGCACCCAGUACACUGAGUGACUGACUGGGACUUUCCUACCCAUGCCUUUGUCUGCAACAUUACAGUAUAUCCUCAAAAUGUGAAUUAAAAAAAAACUUCAAAUUAAUUUAUGUUAAAUUAAACUUUUUAGAAUCCUAAUUUUGAUACAAUCAUUAGUACAUGUUGCUUGUGUGCUUUCUGGUAGCGUUAACAAUUUCAUGGCAGGCUGAAUAUUUUUGGAGAACUGUUUGCAUUUGUAAAGACUUGUUGUGUUUCUUUUUGUUUUCUUGUAGUUGUUUUCUUCUUACAUCUGUGCCCUGAAUGGGAAUGAGGUUUUGUGGUUAAACAAGUGUUUCUGUUUAGUUGGUUCUUGCAUUCGUAGUAUAAGGUUUACGAAGACAAUAUAGCGCCGAAGAAUCGCAAGAGGGUCACGUCAUGGUGAAGCUUUUUCGUAUUUCUGAACGCAAAAUAGCCUCUUUAUUUUUCGUUGUUUGUUUCAGUGGUACUGUAAUGUAUGUCCUGCGUCUUUACAAAAUCCUGUAGGAGGAAAUGUUGCCUGAAAUAUCCUGUAAACAUCCCGGACAUUGGAAUUGUUCUCUUUCUUGUGUGUCUCUGUGCCUGAAAUAUGCCAAAAUUAUCACAACA